CGGUCUCGCCUGGGCUGCUGGAGCAGAUCGGCGGCCUCUGGUCGUCGCUCGCCGGCGUGAUGCUCGUGUGGAGCAUGCUGCGGCCCUACCUCCCGCGCCAGCUGCUGGACCACUUCGCCGGGCGCUUCCUCCGGCGCCACGCGCGGUGGCUUGUGGCGCUCGCCGACCCUUACCUCACCGUCACCGUCGCCGAGUACGACGGCGAGCGGCUGAAGCGCGGGGACGUGUACGAGCAUGCCAAAGCGUACCUCAGCCACCGGUGCGCGCGCCGUGCGCGGGCGCUCCGCGCCGAGCCCGCGCGCAACGCCGACCGCUUCGUGCUCACCCUGGGCGACAACGAGGAGGUCACCGACGAGUUCCGCGGCGCCACCGUGUGGUGGCACUCCGUGCCGUCGCCCUCCCGCCACCAUGGUCCCAUCACGUGGUACGGCGGCGGCGGCGGCGGCGGCGGCGUCGUCCUGGACGGCGCCGGCCGCACGUACCGCCUCGUGUUCCACCAGCGCCACCGCGACCUCGUCGUCGAGUCCUACCUUCCCCAUGUCUGCCGCGAGGGCCGCGCCAUCAUGGCCGCCAACCGCCGCCGGAAGCUCUUCACCAACUCCGGCGACAGGUACGGGAACUGGAGGCACGUGGUGUUCGAGCACCCGUCGACGUUCGACACGCUGGCCAUGGACCCGGCUAAGAAGCGGGAGAUCAUGGACGACCUCGACGCGUUCCGGAACGGGAAGGACUACUACGCGCGCAUCGGCAAGGCGUGGAAGCGCGGCUACCUCCUGUACGGCCCGCCGGGGACGGGCAAGUCCACCAUGAUCGCCGCCAUGGCCAACUACCUCGACUACAACAUCUACGACAUCGAGCUGACAUCCGUGGCCACCAACACCGACCUCCGGCGCAUGUUCAUCGAGACGAAGGGCAAGUCCAUCAUCGUCAUCGAGGACAUCGACUGCUCCCUCGACCUCACCGGCAACCGCAGCAAGAAGAAGCCGAAGAAGGCGCCGGUGCUGGUUCCCGGUCCCGGUCCCGCCGACGAUGACGUGACGAAGGCGCCGCCGCCGGCGUCCGAGGGCGAGCAGUCCUCACCCCGCGACGCGACAGCCAGUAAAGUGACGCUCUCCGGCCUGCUCAACUUCAUCGACGGCCUCUGGUCGGCGUGCGGCGGCGAGCGCAUCAUCGUGUUCACGACGAACCACGUGGAGCGGCUGGACCCGGCGCUGAUCCGGCGCGGCCGCAUGGACAAGCACAUCGAGAUGUCCUACUGCUGCUUCGAGGCCUUCAAGUUGCUGGCCAGGAACUACCUCGCCGUGGACGCCCACCCUCUGUUCGACGACGUCCGGGCGCUGCUGCAGGAGGUGGACAUGACGCCCGCCGACGUCGCCGAGCUCCUGACGCCCAAGUGCGCCGCCGCCGCCGCCGCCGAGGACUCGUGCCUCGCCAACCUCGUGAAGGCGCUGCAGGUGGCCAAGAAGGCCACCACGGCUGAGGCCUGUGGCGCCAGUUGCAGCAUCGUCAUCCACGACGACGAGGAGGUAGUGGAGGAUGAGUAGACCUAGCUGAUCCAAGAUGUCGUUUGUUUAACUGCAUCCUGUGUUAUGUUGCAAUCCUUAUGGGAGUUGCAUUAUUCCUAAUGUACUGUAGUGGUCUGUGACUUUAGGUUCAUCUUCAGACAUGAAUUGAGUUAACCUUGUUUGAUUAUCCUUCUUUGGUCAAUCUGUGCUUAGAGACACUCGUAA